CAUUGAUAUACUAGCCUAGUAAAGGUAGCAGCUAGAUGUCCAGCAUCAACAGCACUGAAGUUUAGUGUCAAUUCUCCAGAGGUACAUGACAGUGACUUACUGGUACUGCCAACCAUUCUUAGCUCCACUAGAUGAAUCAUCAAAUGUUGUGUGGGAUUAUGAGGAUAUAAGGAUAAUCUGACAGGAAGUUGUUAGAUUUGUUACAUCUACAUUGCAACUGUAACACUGACAUCACUGUUAAGUAUGGAGCUUUCCUUGUCCUUAUUGGAAGUGUGUAGGAGAUUCAGAUGAAGUAAUAUUAGUGGUCAGAAACUGCUUCAACAACAAUUUCAGUACCAAAAGAAAGGUGAACAGAAGAUAGCAGAUUGUCACAAUGUGUGGGUGCUGCUGUGCUAAGGCGGAUGGAGAAGAUAAAAGGGAACUGACCAACCCCAUCAAGAAUCGGGGAUGUACCGACAUCGUUGUCCUCAUCAUUUUCAUCCUGUUCUGGGCUGGCAUGAUUUACAUUGCUGUCUUUUCUGUGAUGCACGGUGAUGCCUUUCGCCUGGUGUACGGUUACGACAGCUUUGGAAACACCUGUGAUGAGGAUAACACUGGACGAGCUAUACCCAAUGUGUCCUUGUCGGGCAUGAACAUGAAGAAUAGACCAUAUGUGUUUUUUAUGGACAUCAGUAACCCCUCGACCAAGAUGUCUCUGUGUGUGAACAAAUGUCCAGACUAUGAACUAAAAAACAUCAAUCAAGUGCGUGACUUUUCCCGGUCAGAAGGAUCCAUUCUUUGUCGCUAUGAUAUCAACUUUACUGACUACAGCCAGCAAAUGAUAGAUGAAGGCUCUUGUCCACAAGUGCCAGUUCUGGCCAGUGUCCCUUUGCUGAAUAGGUGUGUUCCAAAGCAUUUGACCAAGUUAGCCAACCAAACCUUAAUCAGACUAUUUGACUCCUUAAAUGAUAGUGACUUAUUCCAGAAAGUACUCAGUGACCUAUACACCAGCUGGAAAGAAAUGAUGGUCCUAUGUUUUGUUGCCUUAGGAUUUGCUGUGUUGAUGGUGCUGCUCAUCAGGUUCCUGGCAGCUUUCAUUGUCUGGGUAAUCAUGGGACUAGCCGUUGUUGGAAGUGUGGUGGCCACUGGAUUCCUGUGGUGGACUUACGCAGAAAUUAAGAGUGAUAUGGACUUGAAGAAGCAGAUGAAAAGAAUACCACUUUUAGAUGUGGAGGUGGACAAUGAGCAGGCUUUCUUAAUCUUUUCUAUCAUUGCUACUGUCCUUACAGUGAUCCUGUUACUGAUUCUGCUGGUGAUGAGGAAGAGGAUUGCCCUGGUAGUAGCACUGUUUAAGGAGGCUGGAGAAUGUGUACAAUCUAUGCCCUGUUUGUUGAUACAGCCGUUAUGGACUUUCCUUAUUCUCAUACUUUUCUUCGUUUACUGGGUCAUUAUUCUGGCCUAUCUCUCCACAUCAGAAAAAGCAUCGCUUGGUGAGAAUAACUAUGUGCGGUAUGAUGAACAUGAGACAGUGUCUUACCUGUGGUGGUAUCACCUGAUAGGCUUGAUCUGGACGAGUGAGUUCAUCAUUGCUUGUCAACAACUCGUCAUUUCCGGGGCUGUAGCUACAUGGUACUUUACAAGGGAGAAGAGUUCUAUGAGUUGUGCUCUGUGUAAUUCUAUUAGUCUGCUGGUGUUCCACCACUUGGGAUCUGUUGCCUUUGGAGCAUUCAUCAUCACACUGGUCAAACUGCCCCGUAUGAUUCUCAUGUACUUACAGAAGAAGUUAAAAGGAUCAGAGAACCAGUGUGCCCAGUACUGUCUCAAGUGUUGUAUUUGUUGUCUAUGGUGCCUGGAGAAAUGUUUGAAAUAUCUCAAUCAAAAUGCAUACACUGUUGUAGCAAUAAGAGGAACCAAUUUCUGUUCAUCAGCCAAAAAGGCCUUUUUGACGUUAUUCAAUAAUGCCCUCCGUGUGGUAGCUAUUAAUAGCGUUGGAGACUUUAUUCUGAUGUUGGGUAAAAUUGGUGUGAUGGCUGCCACUGCAGCAGUGGGCAUCAUUUGGCUCAAGGACAAGGAAGGUCUUCAUUACUACCCUAUUCCGGUCCUACUCACCUGUGUGUUUGCUUUCUUUGUUGCUCACUGUUUCCUGUCUAUAUACGAGAUGGUGAUUGACGCAAUAUUCCUGUGCUUCUGUGAGGAUGUUGAAAUGAAUGAUGGCUCACCAGAAAGACGUUAUUAUGCCAGUCAGGAAUUACAUAAAUUCAUUGAAGAAAGCAGUAAAAAGCUUAAUGAACUGACAAGGGAAGGAACAGCUGAAGAAGUAGAACCAGCCAAGUUGUAACUAUAGCAACAAGAAUUUCCAGGGAUUCAUAAAAUGUCAUCUUCUUCAUUUGUUGAUUGGCUGAUACAGAAACUUGUGUAGGGAAUUCAUUGUAGUUGUAUUAAGAAGAAAAGAUCUAUAUGAUAAGUUGUCAGGGGGAGGUAAUUUCUCUGAUUAUAAUAGCUAUUUGAUGCUGCUCUAGGAUGAGAGUUGAGGCGUGGGUGUGUUAAGUUUUAAAUGUUGACUGCUAUAACAAUGAUAGAAAUUGCUGAACUAGUUAAUAAAGAUAUAUUUUUGGUACCAAGGAGAAACAAUAUGCUGACCAUUUACUCAUUGACAAAUCAUCACAAAUUGUAAUGAAAGAUGAUAACAUGAUACAGAGAACAAGAUGACAACCCAAGGGAGAGUACUCUGUACAAUUUGUUGACAAAAGUGAUGUAUUCAGCUAUCAUGUUUAUCUACAUGACCAGGAGCAUGAUGUAAAUACACUUUCACUGGUAUUAGCCCAAUGUACCAAUUUAACUGUAAUACUAACAAGGUAAUUGAUGUGAUAAUGCCUUUGCCCCAGGAAACCUGCAAUUUUGUCAUAACCAUCUGGCUCAGACACAUGACAUGUAUACAAUAUAGAUUAUGUACAGUGUUAAACAGAUAGGCUUGGCUCAAUUGAACAUACUUAUAUAAAAGAUUUUCUUGUUUGUCAUGCCAGUCAAGAGUUUAAGCUGAAUUGGUUUACAAUAAAAAAUGUGAAUGAAAGUGACCAUAUUAUUAUGUCUUUGAAAUCUCAUUACUAAUUUGUUUAUCAAAUCAAUUGAAAGAUGGUCCAAUUUGAAGUGAUGUUCCACAAGUUGUACAUAAAUGUUGCAUUAGGAAUUACUUUGUCAACAUCUCAGGUUUUGGGGGACUGGCAUUUUGGUAUUGACAUACUGACAGACAAGGCUUCUACCUGUACACUUGUUUGUUACACUUAGUUACUGGUCUUUAUUGAAUGUUUGGAAACUAAUGCUUACUUUAAAUAUUUGAAAUAAGAUUUAAAUUGACACAUGUUGUAUUUCCUAAUGUGUUUGGUGUUUUUCCUUAUUUUUCACAAUAUGAAUUACAUAUUAAAAACUGAAAUGUGUGAAUUUGUCAAAAUUUUCAUCCUUGACCUGAAACAUUACUUGGUUGUCAGAGUUACUGUUCUUGGCUGCUCAUGCCUGAUGUAUAUAUUUUAUAAAAUAAACUGCUUUUACUGGAAGGUGAGGCCUGCUAGUGGUUUCCUGCUAAAUGUCUAUGUUUGUGAUAUGUAUACAUAGGGGUAUGGAGAUGUUGAUUGCAGUGGGGUAAAGAAUAUACUAACCAAUAUAUAUUGGAUGUUUUUUGUUUUAGAUUUUUUUUUAUUUCAAAAUGCAGAUAUAAGUAUAGUUAAACAAUUUAAAUGAACAAAUAAGAAAUAUGCUGUGAAAUAAAAAGCUUGUUACUGUUUUGAUGGUUUUGGUUAAGAAUGUGAGAUGUUUUUUGUGGUUUAAUGAAAUUUGUGCCAUGUAGAUAUCAUUUGUAUAUUUUCCUGGUCAUGGUUGCUUGAAUAUUUUUGUAACUUGAUUUUUCAUUACUUAUUUGAUAAUACAUUUAUUUUAUCAUCAUUAUACCAUAAUCAUUUUUGCUCUUUAUUAUUUUUGUAUUUUUCUAUACUAGGACUUGUCUACUUCUGAUUCAUAUUGCUUAUACCUACUGUAGUAAAUAUAUUAUGUAGGGACACCUUACGCUAUAUCAGUGAAGAGUUAUGGAGUUUAUGCCUAUGAAGGAGGUCUAGUGCAUUAAAUAGACAGCCAGUGAAAAGACUGGAUUUAAUUUUACAUCUACAGUAAUUUACAGUAAUUGUGCAAGUGAUACAGGAAGAUUUAUCAAACGAUCUCUACACGUAUGAUAUUUAUUACUGAUCAGGCUGACUGUAGCUGGAAGCUUUUACAACAUUUUUAUUUUAGGCUGUUCAUAAAAAAAUAUUUCCCUGUCUUUAUCAUUCAACACAUUGUAUAUUAUAGUCUUCAUGAUAAUUGGCUGUAGCUGAAUUACCCAAUGCAGCUUGAACAGUUUUUCAGUUGUUUGUUAGGAGAUUUUCAUUCCAGCAUAAUGCAUGAAUUGGUGCAAGUUCUUACUUGUUUUCUCAGUUUGAAGAUAUUGUUUUUAUUGUUAGAUUAGUUGUGAUUAUGAGGUCGUGGUUCAGUUGGUUCAAUUUAACAUGUGUAGUUACGCUCUUGCUUGGCAUCCGUCGUCCAUGGUUCUUUUGUCCUUCCAUUCAUUUCUGAUAAUCCUGAGGAGACAAAGAGUUUACUUAUUAUAUCAGGUAUCCCCUGGAGGGAUUCCACUGUUCCCUAUUUCAUAAAGAAGGGGUGUGGCAAAAAGUGCAUGGCUAAUUGGGAAAUUAAAAAUUUGUUGAGAAAUUGCAUAACCCUUGAGUAUCAGUGGAGGGGUUAUAUAACCAUAAUCAGAUCUAGAACAUGGACAUUUUAGCUUGUAUAUAACAGAAUUUGUGACAUCUCUAACGACAAUGACUCAAUAAGCAUAAAAAAAAACAAAAAAAAACAAAAAACAAAAAACAAACACCUUUCUGUUUUGAUAAAAAUGAAAAAAAUGAGUACCUCGGCCAAAAGUAGAUAAAAGAUGUGGUAUUUUGAUUUUCUAGGUGGUAACUUGGAUCUGAAUAGAAUAUAUUUAAAAACCUCUCGAGAAGUUUAUCAACUUUAAACAAAUAUAUUAUGGAACAUAUUUGGAGGAGUCCUGUUUUAUACAGGAAUUGAUUUAUCCCUCAUGGUGCUGAUAAAAAACAAAUUAUAUAAACUAAUUUGAGUUACAAAUCAUGCCAGUGUUGAAAUAUCCAGGUGAGCAGUAUGAGUUAUUUUGUUAAGGUGCAAAUAAGUUUAUGUCAAUCUUAUUCCCAUGCUUUUUUUUUAUUACAUCUGUUAACAUUAUCUUCAUGUUUGUUUUGUUGUACCUUACAUAAUUAUACAUAAUCUUUAAAUCUAUUUUCUCAUUUGAUGCAGAUGAAAAUAAUUAAUACUUCAAUUUCACUUAGGAUUUUAUUAUAUGCCUAUCUAUGUAUUUUGAGAAAAACAAUGUUUAUUUUGAAAUCAAACUUUAUGAAAAAAAUAAGGCAAAGAAAACGUAUCAGUGCUUCAGUUCAACUAAUUGAUUUCUUUGAGGCCCCAAACUGAGGGCUUUUCUUACAUGAUUAGGCCCCAAGUUUUAAUGUGAUCUUGCUGUUUGCAAUUAACACCUGCUGAUGAAAAUAAUUACUGCAAAAGCUUGCCAUGAAGGUGUUUUUUUCAGUCUGAUAUAUAACUUCAGGUAUUAUGGUAUAUCAUACAUUUUGCUGCUCCUUUCAAAUAUGGCCUUAGGUAACGUGUGUAUCCGUAGAAAUUUCAAGUUGUACAAAAGGUCCUUUGUUAUGAACAAAUGUUAUGUAAAAUUUUGCUGAAGUUCUUGAUAACAUUACACAUAUAUAUGAUGGAUAUCAGGUAGACAAAACAUGUAACUGAUGCUAGUGCCCCGUAUAGGAAAGUUUGGCUUACUGUUACUUUACAUACUACCAAUCCCAGUGUAAUUUUUAAAAAGUGCCAGGUUUGGGUGGUGGAGGAAAGUUCUUACAAAACAAAUCUGCAGCAAGUACCCGGCCCAUGUAGGCCUCUGCGACCCAGGGGUAGAAGGCUAUUGAUAAUGACAGCCAGACGUCUUGACAACUCAGCUGCCAUGGUAUGGGAAAGAGGGUACAGGGAAGGAGGUGUCAGGAAAGAAGGAACAGAGAAGAGGGUUCAGGGUACCAAGAUACCAGGGUAAGAACACUAACGUCAGGUGAUUUUUUUAGAGCACAUGUAAGGUGAAGGUAAUUUUAUCAUUAGAACACUUUUAGCCAUUUAAGAUGUACACUUGAAAUAAUGGGAAAGGUGUUUCAAAUACUCUAUGGUUCAAUAUCAAACCAAUUUUGUCAGGGAAAUCUGACUACAAGUUUAUUGACUGCUUUUGUUGUAGCAAAAAAUUAAGAUUGUUAUUCUUUCCUUUUCUCUUUUUGAAAAGAGACUAGAUGUAUGGACUUAUAUACAUUUUUGUAUGCUUUUUAUAUAGAUAUGUUUCACCCCAUAUAUUUUCAAUUUUGAUGAGAUUUUGUAUAAUUCAUGAUAUAUAUAUAUAAUAUGAUGACUA